CGUGACCCAGGGAAAGGGCAGGAUGAGGGUCCCCGCCGCCCUCCCCAUUUGGGCCUGUGCGGCCCUCUGCCUGGCGUCCUGCUCAUCUGCCUUCUCCCCCGGGGCCGGCUCGGGGGCCUGUGUGGACAUGCAGCCCAAGCACAGCCCCGCACACCCUCAGAACCCGAGGACUCACCCCAUCACCCUUCUCACCGGCAGGUCUUCCUACUCACCAGGUGACACCGUUCCAGUGACUGUGAAGAGCAGUCGUGAUUUCAUGGGAUUUCUACUUCAGGCCCGAAGAGUGUCGGAUCAUCAAAUAGUCGGCGCUUUUGUUUUCAUUCCUCCUCAUUCCAAACUGAUGACUUGUUUUGAAGAGGCCAACAGUGUCACCCACUCGGACAAGUCCCGGAAGAGACACCUGUCAUUCGAGUGGCAGGCCCCCGCCCAGCCCGUGGGGGACAUCAGGUUCCUUUUAUCAGUCGUCCAGUCAUAUUUCGUUUACUGGGCAAGGAUUGAAUCAUCUAUUGUGUCUCAACAGACACACAGCAGAGCCCAUUCUGACAGCCACGUGGAGCCCGGCUCACGGAUGCCAACCCCCAGGCAGACGCCGGAGGGUAUGGAAGGAACCCCGCCAGCCCCAGUCCUCCCCUUCACUCCUUCUCAGCAGCGCACAGACGUCUCUGUUGCGACCUUACUCGGAGCCGCCGAAGAGGACAGCUUAGAUGCCGCUCCUGCCAGCAUCUGGGCGACCGAGUUUCCUGGGGGUCUGGAGACUCUGUUCCAACCAUCUUCACACACAGCUGCUGUAGCCAGCGAUGGCCAGCAACCCCGCGGGGACAGCAGCCCAACGCUAGAACCAUCCCUGGAUAUCCGUGGGCUGGAGAGGCUUGUGGCCCUUGGGAGAUUCUCUCCAGAGAGCCUUGCUUCCAGCCCUGGCCCUCACCACAGGCCUCAGAAUGACCUAAGCUUUGAUUCAUUGGAAACUUGCCUGCCCACGGACAGAGAGGAACAGGACAAGAUGAAGGCCUCUAAUAGGACCAUAAUGAGGCCUCCUCUGCGCACUGUCCAUCUUACCCAUCCUCGUCUCUGGUCCUCUGAAGCACUGACUGGGAAUGGGGCUGACCCUACAACCCCUGUCUUCCACACCCCUGCCACGUCCAGGCCACCCAUUGCCGGUGGCCAGUCAAAGGCAUCCAGGCCCUCUGCUAGCUUCUUGCCUCAGUCAAAGCACAAGGAGCGAAGAGUGGGGGAGGGCAACAGAGAAGCUGGCGUGGGACACCCCAGGAAGGGCAACCCAAGGCCUGAGGCUGGGCCAGAUGAAGCCAGUGCCCCUUCGGGGAUCCAGCUCCGGAUCCCGCAGCUGGGAAUCCUGCUUGGCCUUUCGGCCACCUUGGGCAUGGCCGUGGCCGUUGGCCUUCGCUACCUGUACACCCAGUAUUGCCACAGGCGGAUGGAAGUGUCCUUCAGGGAACCUACAGGGGAUGCGGUUGCCGGGAGUGAUGGUGGCGAGACUGCGCAUGUCAGGAGGGUGGGCGAGAGCAGCCUUGUUUGGGUUAAAGCGGAAUACGACAGCACCCCUCCCUCUGUGGGCAUCAGGAAAAUAAUCCUCUGAGAAGAGGGUGGUGCCAGGCCUCUCAGUGUCCCCCUUAGACCCCGUAGCGUCUCAGCCAGAACAGAGCUAAAGGGAAAAGCUGCCGAGGACAGAGAUUCACUGUGGCAGUUAGUACAGGAAGCAGCGAAAGGGCAGCUUUAUCAACAGAGGGAGUUCUUCCGAGCUUUGUUGUCUUAACAUCUGCAGUUUAGCUGCUUUUAUUUCGUUUCGCAAUUAGACCUUCUGUUUGAAGAGUUAAACUCAACACGAUGAAUAUUGUAUAACCUGCUCAUUAAGCAGACUCCCAUGGCCGCUAAGCUUCCUUUAUUGCCUUAAGGAACCUGCAGAAAUAGAACUUCUGUCCCACCUCAGUGUGUCAGCCUCAUCGCCUCGAACUCUUUGGGGGAAAAAAAAAGUAACGUUGGGGUUGUGUCUCUUGCAAAAAAAAAACAAACAAACGAAAAAGAAAUACAGCCCUCCCUUUGCCUCUCCAAGCCAACCCCAAAAGAAAUUUUGUUUUCCAGAGUUCAAAGCUGAUUUAGUCCACGGGGUGAGUGCAGGGGUGUUCAGUUUUCUUGGAAAACUCAGAAGCCUGGCGAAUCUGCCGUGGAAAUUGAUCGGAAGCCAGGAGGGUUUUAGAGAUCCCGAUGGCCCCACAUCUGUGGGGAAACAGACGUACAGCACGAAGCUAUAAACACCAAGUGGGGUAAGCAGGC